AUGCGUCCAGACGGUCCCAGGGAUCCCGUCACCGGGCUAGACAGUGGCCCAGAGCCUCCGUUUCCGAUCAAGUUAUCUGGGCCGGUGAUCAAAGGGUUUGGGCGGGGAAGCAAAGAGCUGGGAAUCCCCACGGCCAAUAUCCCCCCAGAUGGCUUAUCAGACUAUCCCGAUCUUCAAGUCGGGGUGUACUACGGAGUAGUCGCAUUGGAUCCGUCCAGAUUCACAUCGGAGGCGACGAUUCUUCCAGCUGUGCUGAGUAUCGGAUACAAUCCCUUCUACAAGAACACCACUCGAUCUGUGGAAAUCCAUAUCAUGCCUCCUCUCUCAUCGCCAUCGCCGACAGCGAACGGUGAGGCUGGUCAAGUGAAAUUCCACAAAUUGCCCGACUUCUACGGCACAAAGCUUAACCUUUUGAUUCUGGGGUACAUCCGCCCAGAAUACGACUACGUGUCGUUGGAAGCCUUGGUUGAAGAUAUUCGGAUUGACUGUGAGGUUGCGCGCCAGAGUCUCCAACGAAAGGCAUAUGUCAGCUACCUUACUGGACAGGAUUGUUCGGAAGCCGUGCAGGAGCAACGAAAAUGGUUGACUGGUUUUUAG